UUGUUUCUUACAUUUUUUAUUCCAAAUAAAAAUUAAUUUUAACAACAUAACUAUUACAUUUUAGGAAAUUUAUUGAUGGAGGCACUUCGUGAAAUCUAAACGAUAUUUGGGGAUUCUGUUCGGGAUUAUGUCUGGGAUUAUGUAGACUGCCACAGAAAACUUGAAGAAGAUCUGAAUGAGUUCAGAAGCGAAUUUCAGGUUUUAAAGAGGAGAAAAAUUGAUGUUAAUUCAAGAAUACAAGCAGAGGUUCACUCGGGGCAAGUGGGCACGCAGAGUUCCAUACCUCAAACGCGCCAGUCUUGAUAAACUUGUGCGUGAAAAAGUUGAAGUGGUGAGGAGAAUUCAAGAGAGAGGCAUUUUCAAUGAAGGCCUUGUAACUGCUAGACCACCAGCUCCUGGAAGCAUAAUUCCAACAGAGAAUUUAGAGGGUGAAAUUUCUGCUAAAGAAAGAAUUUGGGAGUACUUGAUGGGUGAAAAGGUUGGAACGAUUGGUGUUUGUGGGAUUGGUGGAGUUGGCAAAGACUACAAUCAUGAAGCAUUACAAAAGAAGAUUGCUGCUGCUAUGGAUGUGAAACUCCGAGAAGAUGAGGAACUGAUGAGGAGGGUAGCAAAACUAAUGGAGAUAAUGGGAAGAGUGAGAUUUGUGCUAAUAUUAGAUGAUGUAUGGGACAAUUUUUCUUUCAAUGAUGUUGGAAUCCCGGAACCAACACCCCAGAAUGGGUGCAAAGUAGUUAUCACCAGUAGAUCAGCUCAAGUAUGCAAUUAUUUGGGUUGUAAGAUUAUUAAAGUGCAGCCUCUUUCAGCUGAGGAGUCUUUAAAUCUAUUCCUCAACAAGGUUGGACAUGAUGUUUUACAAGUUGCAGGAUUGGAAGAAAUUUUGAAGCUUAUUGUGGAGGAUUGCGUCAGUUUACCACUGGCAAUUGUUGUAAUAGCAGGGGGCAUGAAGGGAGAAGGUGAACCUAAUAUUGUAGAGUGGAGAAAUGCACUAAAUGAUUUACGCCAACGCGUAAAAAGUGUGAAUGAUAUGGAGGAAAUGAUAUUUGGGCGGUUAAGAUUUAGUUACGACCAUCUAAGAAAUUUAGAAAUCCAAAAAUGUUUUCUAUAUUGCUCCUUAUUUAGAGAAGAUUAUGAGUUUUCUAGAGAAGAGUUGAUAGAAGGUUGGAUUGAUGAAGGAUUGAUUCAUGAGUCAGAAAAAAGACAAGAUGCUUAUGAUAGGGCUGAUGUUUUCCUGAAUAGGCUUGAAAAGAACUGCUUGUUAGAGAAAACUGUCGACAGGGCUGUUAAUAUUUUUAAGAUGCAUGAUGUAGUGAGAGACAUGGCUAUCAAAAGCAUAGGUCCUGGAGUUGGAUAUAUGGUCAAAGCUGGUAGGAAAUUGACAGAGGUACCAAAUAAGCACGAGUGGGCAAUUGAUCUUAACAAGGUAUCUUUAAUGGCCAAUUACAUUUCAGAAAUUCCUAUUGGUUUGACUCCAAAGUGUCUAACCUUGUCAGCUUUGAUAUUAUCAGACAAUCCUUUGACAAAGAUUCUAGAAUCCCUUUUUGAAGAUAUGAGUGGACUCAAGGUUCUUGAUCUUUCUAGAACCAAUAUUGAAGCUUUACCUGGUUCCACCUCUAAGUUGGAGUAUCUCUCUACACUGCGGUUAAGGGGGUGUGAGAGGUUGAAGUGCUUGCCUUCCUUAGAAAAGCUUGUGGCAUUGAAGAAGUUAGAUCUGAAAUGGGCAGCAAUUGAGGUGGUCCCUCAAGGCAUGGAGAUGUUGGUGAUUGGGGAAGAACCAAUCUAAAGAUAAAUUUAGAAGAGGUUGCUAGAUUGAGAAAGUUGGAGAUUUUAGAAUGUAAUUUUGAUGACAUGCAAGGCUUCAAUUAUUUUCUGAGUGAGUUCAAAAGUUUCCAGAGUUUUAUUGCUUAUAAGCUUCUAGUGGGAACAAAAAUGAACUAUACUAUUGAUA